AUGGCUUCCAACGGCGCCUCUCGACAAUACCUGCCCCUGACCUGCCACGGCCACUCACGCCCUGUGCCCCACAUCAGCUUCUCCAGCCUCGAGAAGGAUGGAGAGUAUUUCAUUAUCUCUGCUUGCAAGGAUGGCAACCCUAUGCUCCGACACGGCCGUACUGGCGACUGGAUCGGUACCUUCAUAGGACACAAGGGCGCCACCUGGCAGGCCAAGCAGAGUCCCGACAACAAGAUUGCUGCCUCUGCCUCCGCCGACUUCUCCACCAAGGUCUGGAAUGCUCACACCGGUGAGAUGCUUCUGGUCCUCAAGCACGAUCACGUCGUCCGCGCCGUCGCUUUCCCUCUCAACAUCUCCGACAUCCUGGCAACCGGCGGCCACGAGAAGAUCCUCCGCAUCUGGGAUCUCAAGUCGGAGGAUCACAAGGACGAGAGGGUUACCUCUACGAUCGACGAGGAGACCCGGCACACGACAUACCACAUUCCGCCCGACAUGGCCCACCAGAUCGGUGACGUCCACCCUGAUACCAUCAAGUUCAUCGUUUGGCCUCAGCAAACCACCAUCAUCACCGCAGCUGGCAAGACACUGCGGUGGCACGACGUGUCAACCCGAAACCACUACAAGGAGGAGGUUUUCGAUGCGGAGAUCAAAGCCUGCGAGCUUGUCUCUCUGGCACCCCAGUACACAUCGCCAAAUGAUGUCGGCGGCGGCCUGCCUGUGCUGAGUAUUGCUGCUGGCAAAAAUGUCUACUUCUACGGCGGCGCCGACUGCACUCAGAAGAUCAAUGAGUUCAACCUCCCACACGGGGUUGCCAGUGUUGGACUGGACCUCAAGAACCACAAGUUCAUUGUGGGUGAAGAGCCCGGGACCUGGGCCCGUGUCUACGACUGGCAGGGCCAAGAGAUCGACGUAAUGAAGGGCCACCACGGUCCUAUCUGGUGCAUCCAGUUCUCCCCCGACGGCAAGCUGUACGCGACUGGGUCGGAGGACGGAACGAUCCGCAUGUGGAAGAAUUGCGAAGAGGACUACGGCCUCUGGCGCGAACGAGGAACGGCUACCGCGGAGAGGGUGGACCCCCUGGCGGAGAACGAACGGCCGCCAGAGGCGGUAGCCGGCCCCCAACAACAACAGCCGGCGCGACCGAGCGACAUAAGCGGAGCCCCAGUCACGCCGUUGAGCGAAAUAUCUGUCAACGUCGCAAAAGUCCCAGCGGCGGCCUAUCGAGGGCCCCAGCAACCAUCAGACUCUCAAAAGGAAAGCGAAUCGUCGACGCACUGGAAGGCGAUCCUGUCUCCAGUGGCGGAGGAAUCGCCCAGUCCACGAAAGAAGAAGCGCGCCCAAGAGGACCUCCCUGUCAACUACUCCCCACGCCAUCCCGUGAGCCGGCCCAUGAGCCCUGGCAGCCUCAAGAUGCAGAAUUUCCUGCGGAGACUGGAGCGGCAGGGUCUCUCUCACGACUAG